AUGUCUGAUGUUCGCCUUUUUCAAAAUAAGCUAAUAGAGGAGGAGUUAGCAUAUGACACAAAUGAGUUGACUAAUACAAACUUAUAUACGGAACAAAAGAUAACUCAUGAGCAAAAGUUAGUAUUCGAUGAGAUACUCAAUGCUGUUAUUACAGAUUCCGGUGGUUUUUACUUCCUUUAUGGGCAUGGUGGGUGUGGUAAGACAUUUAUUUGGAAUGGACUUUCUUCUGCUAUUCGGGUUAGAGGAAAUAUUGUUUUAAAUGUCGCAUCUAGUGAAAUUGCGUCUUUACUCCUACCUGGUGGCAGAACGGCUCAUUCUAGAUUUUCAAUACCCAUUACAAUUACUGAUGAAUUUACUUGCAAUAUCAAGCAUGGCAGUUUGAAGGCUGAGCUACUCAUCCAAAGUAGCUUAAUAAUUUGGGAUGAAGCUCCAAUGCUCAAUAAAAUGUGCUUUGAAGCACUUGAUCGGACGCUCAGGGAUCUUAUGUCAGUUACCAAUCAAUAUAAGACACAUCAACCAUUUGGUGGUAAGGUUAUUGUUCUAGGAGGUGAUUUCAGACAGAUACUUCCGGUGAUUCUGAAAGGGAAUAGACACGAUAUAUUGACAUCAGCUAUUAACUCAUCCCAUCUGUGGUUGUUUUGUAAGAUCAAGGAUGAAGGUGAAAUAAAGAGAUUUACUAAUUGGAUACUUAAUGUUGGAAAUAGAAAUAUUGGUUCUGUUGUUGGUGAUGAAUCAGAAAUUAAAAUUCCAGAUGAUCUAUUGAUUACAACUACUGAUGACCCUCUCUUUCAUUUAGUAGAUUUUGCAUAUCCAAAUUUGUUGCAAAACAUGUCAGAUUACAAGUAUUUUCAGAGUAGGGCAAUUCCUGCACCCACGCUUGAGAGUGUCAAAAAGUGGUUCACACCAGAGUUCCGAAAUGACAUCAAAUGUUCAGGACUACCCAAUCACAAGUUGACUUUGAAGUCAGGAGUCGCUGUAAUGCUACUGCGAAACAUAAACCAAACUUCAAGUUUAUGCAACGGGACAAGAUUAAUAGUUAACGAACUUGGCAGCAACAUAAUUGGAGUGAUGGUAGUGACUGGUAGAAAUAUUGGAGAUAAAGUGUACAUUCCAAGAAUGAACUUGAUCCCUUCAAAUUCAGGGUUGCCAUUUAAGUUUCAACGGAGACAAUUUCCAUUAACAGUAUGCUUUGCAAUGACCAUUAACAAGAGUCAGGAAAUAGAAGAAGAAGAACAUGAAGGAAGACUAGAUGCUGCUACAAAUGACAAUGAACAAGUGAAGGUCAAUUUAGCUUGGAGGAUUGGAAGGUUGGAAGCUGAAAUGAACGAAAGUGGUGGUGAGUUCCUCAUUUUGGUUGGAAACUUCUCUGGCCUUGUUGGUACUGGUGCAACUACUCCUGCUGAUGCCCAUGAUAGAUAA